AGGGUCUACAAGAAAACCAGCGGCAAUGGCUCGCUAUCCCUUUAUCUAGGAAGAAGAGAUUUUGUGGACCAUGUGACCUCUGUAGACCCAGUCGAUGGGGUGGUGAAGGUUGACCCUACCGACCUCGGGGACAGGAAAGUGUGGGUUCACCUGGUCUGUGCCUUCCGUUACGGUCGCGACGACCUGGAUGUCAUUGGCUUGUCCUAUCGGAAGGACAUAUGGAUCGAGCAGCAGCAGAUCUACCCCCCUACUGGCAGCAAAACACCAAACACCCCCAUGCAAGACAUUUUGCUGAAGAAAGCGGGGGAUCAGAGCUACCCCUUCAUCUUCAAUAUGCCUACUAACCUUCCCUGCUCUGUGACACUUCAGCCUGGACCAGACGACAAAGGCAAGCCCUGUGGUAUUGACUUUGAAGUGAAGACAUACAUCGCCAAAGAAGCAGAUAAUCCCGAUGAACAAGUCGACAAAAAGGACACUGCCCGUCUUCUCAUUCGCAAAAUCCAGUUUGCCCCUAACAAAACGGGGGCCGGGCCCAAAGCCAGCCUCAGUAAGCAGUUCAUGUUGUCUGACAAGCUGGUCCAUGUGGAUGCAUAUAUGGAGAAGGAGAUAUGUUACCAUGGUGAGCCAAUCCCAAUCAGAAUAAAAAUUAACAAUGAAACCAAUAAGGUGGUGAAGAAAAUCAAAGUAACCGUGGACCAAACUACAGAUGUGGUGCUGUUCUCUGCUGAUAAGUACACCAAGAAUGUUCUGAAUGAAGAGUUUGAGGAGAUGGUUGAAGCCAGUUCGACUUAUGACAAAACCCUCAACAUCACACCAAUGCUGGCCCACAACAAAGAGAAGCGCGGCCUGGCGCUGGACGGCAAGUUGAAGGAAGAGGACACCAAUCUGGCCUCCACCACCAUGUUGCGACCAGGCAUGGAAAAAGAAGUUCUGGGAAUAUUGGUCUUCUACAAAAUUAAAAUUGUCCUCAUGGUCUCCAGAGGAGGCAUCUUGGGUGACCUUGUAGCCAGCGAUGUUGCUGUGGAGCUUCCCUUGGUGCUGAUGCAUCCCAAACCUGCAGGAACUGCAGCGAACUGGAGUAGCUCCACCACCUAAGAUACCUCAGAAGACAGAGUCUGAAGGAAAAUCAACACGCAGAAGACCAGCAAAUGGAAAAAUAGAAAUAGAG